AUGGCGGAGGAGGACCACCCAUGGCAGGGCAGCAUUCUCUACAAUAUGCUGAUGAGCGCCAAGCAAAUGCACGCUGCGGCUCCCGAGGCGCCCAAGGCGCGGAUGGGAGCUCCGUGCUGGGGCUGCGCUUGCGGUGCGGAGCCCCUGGUGGGCAGAGAGGGUCCGCAGAUGGGGCGGCCCGUGGCGCUCCUGUACCGCUGCUGCUUCUGCGGUGAGAACCACGCUCGCCAGGGCAGCAUCCUCUACAACAUGCUCACCAGCGCCAAGCCGACGCACGGGGCUCCCGAGGCACCCAAGGCGCGGAUGGGAGCUCCGUGCUGGGGCUGCGCUUGCGGCGCGGAGCCCCAGGUGGGCAGAGAGGGUCCGCAGAUGGGGCGGCCCAUGGCGCUCCUGUAUCGCUGCUGCUUCUGUGGGGAAGAACACCCCAGGCAGGGCAGCAUCUUAUACAGCCUGCUGACGAGCGCCAAGCAAUCGCACGUGGCUCCGGAAGGGUCCGAAGCCGGCACGAGAGGCGCGUGGUGGCAGCUCUCCUACUGCGCGCAGAAUCUGAGAGGUAGAGUGGGGCUGCAAGGGGGCCAGGCCAUGACGGUCCUGUACCGCAGCUACUUUUGCAGCGAAGACAACUCCCAGCAGGGCAGCAGCAGCAGCGGCAGCGGCAGCGGCAGCGGCGGCGGCGUGCCUGGGAGCUCCAAUCAACCACGAGCGGCUCUGGAGUUGCAGCCGGCGCCUGCCUGGUGGGACACCUCCUGUGGCUCGCCGCGGCUGGUGUCUCUCAAGAGUCCACAGGUGGUCUGGGAGGCCGCCGCCGCCGGCCUGUUGAAGACGCUGCGCUUCGUUAAGUAUCUGCCAUGCUUCCAGGUGCUGCCCCUGGAUCAACAGCUGGUGCUGGCACGCAGCUGUUGGGCUCCCCUGCUCAUGCUCGAGCUCGCCCAAGAUCGCAUCCACUUCGAGACCCUGGAGAUCUCGGAGCCCAGCGUGCUGCAGAGAAUCUUCACCACCAGGGGGCAGGAGACCCAGGGCCAGGAGCCACCGCCCCUGCCCACCGGGCAGCCACGUUCAGCACCGCCACCUGAGAUUGUGCAAUUGCCCUGGGCCACCACCGUCCAAGCCAUGAAGAACUUCCUCGUCAAGUGCUGGAGUCUGAAUAUCAGUACCAAGGAGUAUGCCUACCUCAAGGGCACUAUCCUCUUUAACCCAGAUCUGCCAGGCCUGCAGUGCGUGAAGUACAUUCAAGGCCUUCAGUGGAGAACUCAGCAGAUCCUCAGUGAGCACAUCAAGACAACGCAGAGAGACUACCAGGGAAGAUACGUCGACCUGAACAGUGCCCUUUACCUGCUGAAAUUCAUCAAUGCCGACGUCAUUGUUGAACUGUUCUUCAGGCCCAUUAUUGGCACAGUCAGCAUGGAUGAUAUGAUGCUGGAAAUGCUCUGUGCAAAUUUGUGAGGGCAUGUGGAGUUCCACAUGUGCAUUGUGCUGGGAUAGAGAGCAAGCUGUAGGCAAAAGAAUGUAGAACGUUGCAAAAUUAAACUUACUUGUUAUUUUUACAUGCAUAGUAUAUUUGUACUUAAUACUUUAGUUACUGACAGUUUAAAAUCCUCUGUUUCCAUACUGUUGGAAAACUUUGCCAACAGUUAACAUACCUCUGUACAUCUUUAGCAAACUAGCAGGGUACUAUGCCAAUAAGCUAUUUUCAUAACCUCUCUCCACUGAACUUGCUCAAAUACAAUUUGUAAUACUAAGUUUUAAUAAAAUUUAAGAUGCUAACCACUAA